CGCUGCUCCAGCCAAUGAGAGUCGGCGUGGGCGUGGCUUAACCUGCGCACAGACGUCACUGACUGUAUAAAUUUGGGCAGCUCGUUCUGAGCGUGACCGACGUUCCUUGUUUUGGGUUUGACGGAUUAACCGAAACAAAAAAUCACCUCUUCAUUAGAGUGCCAUGGCACGUACUAAACAGACCGCCCGUAAAUCCACCGGUGGUAAAGCCCCCAGGAAGCAGCUGGCCACCAAGGCGGCCAGGAAGAGUGCGCCCUCCACCGGUGGAGUCAAGAAGCCCCACAGAUACCGUCCUGGAACCGUGGCUCUUCGUGAGAUCCGUCGGUACCAGAAGUCCACAGAGUUGCUGAUCCGCAAGCUUCCAUUCCAGCGUCUGGUUCGUGAGAUCGCUCAGGAUUUCAAGACUGACUUGCGUUUCCAGAGCGCUGCCAUCGGUGCCUUGCAGGAGGCAAGCGAAGCAUACUUGGUGGGUCUGUUUGAGGAUACCAACUUGUGUGCCAUCCACGCCAAACGUGUCACCAUUAUGCCCAAAGACAUCCAGUUGGCACGUCGAAUCCGUGGAGAGCGUGCUUAAACUCUCUUUACUAUUUACUCUAACUUUUUAUUUUUAUUUUUUUUUGUGUGGAGGAAUAUAUGGGAGCAGGGUUUGACGUGUGGGAGGGUCGGGUGGGAGGGACAUCAGGGUUCUUACACUCUUGACUAUAAAUGCCUGUGUAGUUAAGUUUAUUUUUUUUGGUAGUUGCGGUAGGGGAGGGGUAUCUUGUGAUUCAAGUUGAUAGUAGGGGGGCAGCAUCAGAACAUUCCGGGAGCUCCUCAGGGUUUUAAAGUUUGUAUUUUAGACUUUCAUAUACCUCUGCCUAGUCUGCAUGCUUCAUGAUGAAUUAGAACGUGUCCUUUUAUUUCUAUUGUUAUUAUAUUGGGUUUCUCUUCUAUUGUGGCCAUUUGGUUGUAAAUAAACUUUCCACUACCUCA